AGGGUCACACACGCGCACACACACAUUGAACGCGCAAUUCUUUUUUAUAUUACAAAGUCUCUUACACUCCGUCCUUUCCUAAGGGGAUCUUCGUUCUUCGCAAGAUCUCUUUCUCUCUCCUCUCUCUCUCUCUCUACACUUUCUUUAGAUCUCAAUUAAGCUCACAACUGUACCUUACAAUUCCAGUAAAGCUAAGAUCUUUUUCUUCUAAGUCUUGAUCCACUUUCCCGAGGAAAUAAGAGUCUCACCUUUUAAUCUUUCUUCAUUUUCUGUCUCUCCAAACACAAGACUUCCACGCAUCAGCUUUUCUUGCAAGUCGUUCUUUUCUUCAUGGGGUUCGUGUCAAGCCCUAGACUUCUUAUUCUUUUUGCCUUUCUACUUCUGGGUCUGCCUUUAAUCGCUGCUCAGGAUUCACUGGUGGAAAAUGAGAAGGAAGAAUCAACUGCAUCGAUUAAAGAUCUUGGCCGACGUGGCAUGAUUGUUACAAAAGAUAUUGAUGGCAAUUCUGUUAAUCUGGGGCUUCAUGUGGACUCUGGCCUUGGUGUUUUUGAUGCAUUUAUUGCUAGCUUGUCCAUGAUUAUUGUCAGCGAGAUUGGAGAUGAAACUUUUAUAAUAGCAGCUCUUAUGGCAAUGCGCCACCCCAAGUCGAUUGUUUUAUCCGGUGCUCUCACUGCCUUGAUUGUAAUGACUGUACUUUCUACUGGACUAGGUAGGAUUGUGCCAAAUUUGAUAUCAAGAAAGCAUACAAAUAGUGCUGCGACAGUUCUUUAUGCAUUUUUCGGGCUGCGAUUGCUUUAUAUUGCCUGGAGAUCAGAUUCAAAAGUAUCCCAGAAAAAAGAAAUGGAAGAAGUAGAGGAAAAGCUUGAAUCAGGGCAAGGGAAAACAACCUUCCGACGUUUCUUUUCAAGAUUUUGUACUCCUAUAUUUUUGGAGUCAUUUAUUUUGACCUUUCUAGCGGAGUGGGGAGAUCGGAGCCAGAUUGCAACAAUUGCUCUGGCAACCCACAAAAAUGCCAUUGGUGUAGCAGUAGGAGCUACAAUAGGACACACAAUCUGUACUUCCUUGGCAGUGGUGGGAGGAAGCAUGCUAGCAUCUAAGAUCUCACAGGGGACAGUUGCUACAAUCGGAGGCUUGCUUUUCCUUGGGUUUUCUUUAUCUUCUUAUUUCUAUCCUCCUCUGUAAGAACUACAUUGUAGGCUAACCUGAUUCUUUAUAUAGUAGUUUGAGAUGCAGUUUCUACUUUUCCUUGUAAUUUUUUGUUGAAAAGGGUUUUAUACUAACUGGUUUAUACCAGACAGUUCUGCUUAUUCUUUUGUACAAUUAGCUUAUUAUAUCAAUGGCGUAAUGGUUUUCAGUCAA